UCUCACUCUCUGCAGGAUCGGGACGGCUCCAUCAUGUCCUCUCCGCGAAACUAAAGCGCGCACCCGCUUCCAAGUGCGGCGUGUUUUCUUUUUUCUUUAUUAAACUCUAUCUAUCUAUCUAUCUAUCUAUCUAUCUAUCUAUCUAUCUAUCUAUCUAUCUAUCUAUCUAUCUAUCUAUCUAUCUAUCUAUCUUUUUCUCUUUCUCUUUCUCUCUACUCCUUGUUUUUUGUUGGUCUGGAGCUCGCACACGCGUGAAGGAUUUCGCUGGAAUUUCCGAGCGCGCAUCCGACGCGCGGCGUCAUGUCUCCGAGAUAAGCGCGCCUCUCGCGUUCCCUCUCUUCCCGGCGUGUGAGCGUGUGCUUGUGCGCGUGUAUUGCGUGUGCGUGUGUAUGUAAGUGUGUAUACGCGUGCGUGCGUGCGUGCGUGCGCGCGCGUGUGUGUGUGAUGUUACCUUGUGGAAGGUGUGCGACGGGAAAGACGCAGGCUGGACUCGACGUCUCCAACUGAUCUGCCUUGGUUUUCUUUGGAGCACCAUGUCCCUGGAAUGAAGGACGGGAACCGAACAUGGAUUUAAUCUGGGAAAUACUGAUUAUCCUUCAAGCCAAUUUCAUCGUUUGUACAACAGCUCAACCUGGUCCGCCGAAAAUUCACGAGGGAUGGUGGGCAUACAAAGAGGUCGUACAAGGAAGCUUCGUUCCAGUUCCAUCUUUCUGGGGUCUUGUGAAUUCAGCGUGGAACCUGUGCUCAGUGGGAAAAAGACAAUCUCCAGUCAACAUCGAGACUAGCCAUAUGAUAUUCGAUCCUUUCCUGACACCACUGAGGCUGAACACUGGGGGCAGGAAGGUGGGAGGGACGAUGUACAACACGGGCCGCCACGUCUCGCUACGCCUGGACAAGGAGCACUUGGUGAACAUCUCAGGUGGGCCGAUGACAUACAGCCACCGACUGGAGGAAAUCAGGUUACACUUUGGCAGCGAAGACGGACAGGGCUCGGAGCAUCUACUUAACGGCCAGGCCUUUUCCGGGGAGGUCCAACUGAUCCACUACAACCAUGAGCUCUACACCAACUACACAGAAGCUGCGAAGAGUCCAAAUGGCUUAGUGAUAGUGUCUAUAUUCAUGAAGAUAUCCGAGACUUCGAAUUCCUUUUUGAAUCGGAUGCUGAACAGAGAUACCAUCACUAGAAUAACGUACAAGAAUGACGCUUAUUUACUAUCCGGGCUGAACAUCGAGGAGGUCUAUCCUGAGACGUCGAGUUUCAUCACCUACGAAGGAUCCAUGACCAUCCCACCAUGUUAUGAGACCGCCACCUGGAUUCUCAUGAAUAAGCCCAUAUAUGUCACAAAAAUGCAGAUGCACUCCAUGCGGCUGCUCAGCCAGAACCAGCCUUCGCAGAUCUUCCUCAGCAUGAGUGAUAACGUGCGUCCGGUCCAGCCUCUGAACAACCGCUGCAUCCGCACCAACAUCAACUUCAGCAUGCAGGGCAAGGACUGUCCCAACAACAGGGCUCAGAAACUGCAGUACCGAGUGAAUGAAUGGCUGCUGAAAUAGACCCCUUUCAUGAAUCAACCCAAGUAUAAAACAACACACCGAGAGGGAGGGGAAAAAAAGGGAUGAAAGACAGUGAAGGAGCGGAACGGACUCUAGACUGCAUCACAUUUGUCCUGCCAGAUUGUCAUGACAUUGUAAAGGGAAAAAAAAUAAAUAAUAAAAAAAGAAUAACGUCAAUAAGAAGAGACUUGGGGGGGGAGGGGAACAAAAAAAAAAAACUUUUCAUACAUCAGCUCAAAACCGGUGAAGUAUGAAUAGGUUUUGAUACUUUUUUGGUGAAAAAAAAAAAACAACACGAGCAAAACCGUACAAAAAUUGAAAUAUUUAUUUCAUAUUCACUUCACAAAAUGAAACUAAAGAUGUCUUUUUAACCUUUGUACAUACGGAGACCUUAAAGCGUUCAAACCUUUGACGACAGGAGCCGGAGACUGGAUUUCGAGAGACUCUUCAUAAAUGCAUUGUCUCAAUCAUAACGCAGGACACGGCGGAGAGGACGACAGGAAGAAGCGAUGAGAAAGGAAAAGAAGAUGAGAGGACAAGCAUGGGACAGGAUGAGGGGAUGACAGUGGGACAGGAUGAGAGGAUGAAAAGACAACAGGAUGAUGGAUGUCCUGCUAAUGACACUACACUGGGAUUGUACAAUAGAGCUGGUUUUGAGACAUGAGGGUUCUGGCGUUGUAAAUAGAAUUAUUCAUGCUGAAGAUUAACAUGUAAAGUUACAAAUAAAGAAUAAAAAAAAGAAUAUAUCAGAAGGAAAAAAAACAAAGUGAAAAAAAAAAAAGUUGAAUAUUUUAUGCUUGGCACACUGAAUUUCUGGAGGAGAGCUGAUGCCUUUUUUCUGUUUUAUUGUUUACAAUGGUCCUACACUGUGUUUGUUUAAUGUUAUCGGCCCAAUAAAUGUGUUUGGAACGUCCA